ACCGAGAUCAACUUUGACCGAAACACACUUCGGACAAUAAUAGUACAUCAUCUCAAGCUCAUCAUUACAUAUCGUCAAGCUUAUCCGCAUCCGGGCUCGCCAUCGCCUUCUACCCAGUCAAAUACCGAUACCCGACUUGAGACCUGCCAGAGUAGACAUCGCGACGUUCUUGCAUCUGUGGCCAAGGUCAUGAACACCCUGUUCGAGCAGUUUGCGCAGGCUCAUGCCUUGCGAAAUGGCUACAAGCUAGCUCAAACCUUAUCUCCUGUUCCCCCACCAGAUGACCCUCAACGGCUGCUGGCUGUAUGGCGUAGUACGAAUUCUCACAGCGUCAAGGGUGAUAUCAAGCACUUCAUCAAGUCAAACACUUCUCAUCGGCAGAAACUGGACCAUGAUGAGGUGACGGGCUGGGUUGAUGUCUACCAAUCCUACUGGAAGGCAAUUGGUGAGAUUUUGGCUGGAGAAAGUGGCAAGUCUACAUGGACAAAAGUGUACGAGGCCUGGAAGGAACUGACUUCUGUACUUAUUCGCGGAUACAACUCGCACGGAUUCGAGGCGUGGACGAUCCCAUCUCUCUACAUGGUGGGCAAGUACCUGCGACUGUUCGCCAUCAAAUCCGACGAGGAACGCCAAUCUAUCAGCAGCGCACCUGGCGCUUCAUUGAUGGACGAUGACUUUGACCCUCAAACCGAAGGGCAGCUCCAACUACGAGACUGCGAGGGUCACCUCAAGCGAAUUUUUUCCCUGUGUCUAAACGACAGAGCCCCAUUAGAAGAAUCCAGGAAAUGGGGGAUUUACUUCGUCAUCAACCUGCUUUUCAAAACUUACUUCAAGCUUAACUCGGCAUCGUUAUCGCGGACUAUCAUCAAGACGUUGUCAGUGUACAACGACAAGGGAGACAUGCCCGCCCUCGAAAUGUUCCCAAAGUCUCAACGAGUGACAUUCAAAUUUUACGAGGGCGUCUUGCGUUUCCUAGAAGAGGACUACCUUGCGGCGGAAUCCCACCUCAACGAAGCAUGGAACUUGUGCCACAAAGAUGCCAUCACCCAAUCUGAACGAAUCCUGACCUACCUCAUCCCUUGCCGCCUUAUCACCAGCCAUGUCCUCCCCACCAAGACUCUCUUGGAAAAUUACCCCCGACUACAGGAACUCUUCCUCCCGCUGGCCCGAUGCAUCAAAUCCGGAAACCUGAAGGAAUUCGACGAAGCCUUGAAAAAGGGCGAAGACGAAUUCGUCAAGCGGCGAAUCUACCUGACACUCGAGCGGGGCAGAGAUAUCGCCUUGCGUAACCUCCUGCGUAAGGUCUUUAUCGCCGGCGGCUACGAUGAGCCAAAAGAGGCCGACACGGCUCCCGUGCGUCGUACUAGAAUCCCGGUGACGGAAUUCCAGGCGGCCAUUAGCAUGAGCAGCGGGCAGAUGAUCGAGGGUGACGAGGUUGAGUGCCUACUGGCCAACAUGAUUUACAAGGAAUUGAUGAAAGGUUAUAUCGCUAGGGAGCGAGGCAUUGUGGUUCUGUCCAAGAAGGGUGCUUUCCCCGGCACAGGAGUGUGAGGCGAGCGAGCAAAGUCGUUUGUGUGCAACACAAUCUGAAUCAAGACUUGGCGAAACACAGUAGUUUAGAGAUGCUUCUUUUAGACUCACCGUCGCUUGCGUGAACACAAUCGAGCAGCACGGGGUAGGACAGAGACACCGCAGCCGUCAGGAUGACGCUGGCGUCGACAAAUCAUACAAUAGCAUCGGCG